AUGCCGGCGCGAAGAGGUGGGAAGUCUGGUCCACGCUCAAAGCCUACGCGGCAUUCAGCGAGGAUUGUGGCCCUGGGACAACUCGACACUACCCCAAACCGUCACGAUCAGUCUCCUCAUGCAGUUCAGACUCAGGACCCAACACCGGCAUUACCAAAUCAGGGCGCAAAUUCUGAGCCUCCAAACUCUGAGAUCCCGUCGACAAACGAAUUUGAUGAUGACCUCAACGAUGAUGAUCUGAGGCGGCUGGUUGAAGCUGAAGCCGUUCCAUCCGCUCAACCACCUAUUGAUUUCUCAUGGUCUGAAAUCGGUUCAACACGCCGAAGCUCGCCUCUACGGGAAGACGAGCCAAGCUUUUUAGACAACCAAGAUUCUCUUAUCGACGAAUUUUCCAGUCCAAAGUCCGGUCUAGGCAAGCUUCCCAACACUCAGCCACUGCCAUCUGAGCCUGAUCAGGAAAGUAAAGAACCUCCUUUUGUUGACUUUUCUGAGACAGCUUCUACUGUGCGACGAAGUUCACCUUAUUAUUCCUUGGCUGCCUCUCAGAUUGGAGAUGAUGAGCCUCUGAAUUUCGUUGAAAACAAUCCUUCGGCACCACUACCAAGCACCAUACAAGAUUCGAUACAGUCUCUUGGAUUACCACCUUUCCCUGAACUAGAAGCCAUGGAUCACUUGCCGGAAGAUGAGUUAUAUGAUGUCACGCCUCCCAAGUCGACGGCUGAGCUUGAAGCUGAGACAUCGCGAAAAGAGGAGGAAGCACCUGAAGCUGCCCCAGAAAGUUCACAGCGUACUAAGAAACCAAGUUCGUCACAGAACUCAAAGACAAAAGGAAGGCCGGGGAAGACCACAAAAAAGAACGAUGCCCUUGUGAGAGUGUUGGAGGAGGAGCUGGAAUCAUCAGAAGAAGACGAAGGAGAGGAGCAAGCAUCUUCAACCCCUGAAAAGCCACCAGAGAAGCCUCCAAAGCGGAAGAACGGCGCUCGCAAAGGCAAGGAAACGCCAGAAAGUAAGCCUGCCGCCACGGCCACUCAGGAUACACGGAAAAGUGAGCAACGACCCAAGGAAAAGAAAGGCCGGAAACAACGAGCGAAGACUCCCAUCCAGUUUGACGAAGAGACACAGCAAAUAAAAGAGGUAACACCACGCAGGGUACCGGAACAGCAACCUCGCAUGCCAAUCGUCAGCAGUCUCAGAAAAUCGUAUGCUGGCUCUGUCUCUCCCAUGGCAAGUGCAGGGAAAGGGACGCCCGGCUCAAAACGAAAGCCUGCACCGAAGCGCAAACCGCCUGCUAAAGGCACUUUCCAGAAGGAGAAAGCUUCCCAGAAAGUCCCUCCAGCUACACGAAAGUCAGAUCUGAAGAACGUGGUGCCUCAAGCGAAACCUGAUACGACUGAAAAAGGGAAUGAACGUGUAGUUCCUGCUACAAAAGCAGCAGCUAAGCCUUUACCCGCGAUUACCAAGAGAAUAACCCGAGCCCAUGUAAAAGAGGAGGAGGCGCCAGUGUCGCAGCCUCCAGAAGUCUCAGAGGCACAAGAAACAAAAGAUGAGACCCAGGGGUCGACCCGGGACCCUAUCGUGCUCUCUAGCGACCCUGAAAGCUCUUUAUUCUCGGAUGAUGACGAUGCCUUUGUCCCAAUUGAAGACUUACACCAAAAAGUGAAGACUCGACCAGAAAGGAAGGCCCAAUCAGUAAUGGGGGAGUUGCUUGUUGACCCGAUUGUCGACGUGGAACCAGCGGGCCAUACCCAUCGUGAGAAAGCGCAACCUUUUACACGCCCACAGACCUUACCGCAGAAUCCCGAGGCUCCUGGCCCUUCACGUCCUCAAGAAGAACAAAUCUCUCAGCAGAGGACAGAAAUGACGGUUAAGCGGGACCCUAAGCAACUUGUUGAAGAACCUCUUCCAAGCACGAAGGGAAACCGUGCAGCUCAGAAGGGCCGAGAGGUUUUGUCCGCCCGCGAUACUAAUAUUCUCGUUCAACAAGAUACCUCACGGGCAAGGACCUUGAAAAGACCCGCUAAUACAGUUGAUCCCAUCGUUGAUACUUCUCACCCACCUCGCAAGAUCAGCAAAACUUCAAGGAGCUUCAGUAUCAGCCAGGCGGAGUACCUUUCUAGUCUGGCAGCUGCUGAGGCCAUUCCUGACAAGACCAGAGUGGGAUUGAGACCUAAACCGACAACGAAGGUCAAAACUGAGCCUGCUAAUUUGCGCCCCGAGCCAAGUUCAAGUGAUCAAGACAUUCAUGCUCAGAUACUGGCGUCCCUGCAGGGACAAAAGGAGGCUACUGCCGAAGUGGAACAGGCCACGGAGCAUGACAAAGUCCGCGGCAAUAGAGAGUCUCCCAGACAGACACGGCCGGCAGGGCUGAAUGCAGAGAUAGGAGAGAAACUCCAUGGACUAGUCGAGAUGAUGUUGGAUCAUCUCCAGGCCAAGGAAGCGAGCAUCUAUCGUGGCGCUGAUGCCUAUCGGAAGAAUGGCCUCAAUUGCGUGGACAAGAUUGAACGACGCUACAUGCAAGAGAGGCAGGCGCUCAAUGAAACGUGGAAGAGGGAUGGUGAUAGGUUCCUCCGGGGGACGCGGGCAGCCAAGGCAGCGAUUGAUGAGCGCGGAAAGAUACGAGAGAAGGCGAUGCAGCAACUAAAUGAAACGGCAACAAAGCGCCGUCACUUGUUUGAACAAGCGACGACAAGUUUACGAGCGCUCCACGGGCGAUUAAUGCAGGGAAACCUUGCAGACUACGCAAAUUGA